AUGACAUCGAAACAGGCCCGUCACCGCCUAUUCGUCAGAAAGCACGACCAGAACCGCUGGGAACUACGCAAGAUAUUGUCAGACCUACAAGAGAGGAAUGAGGCUAAAGAAAAAAGCGCUUUUAUCACAACGGAAGGGCUCUUCCAAUUUAAAGUGCUCCCUUUUGGUCUGGCCACCUCACCUGCAGUUUUCCAACGACUAAUGCAUUUAGUCUUGGGGGAUAUCCUAACUGACGAAGUCUUCUGCUACCUUGACGACAUAAUGAAAGCCCUGUCCAAUGCGAAUAUCGUAGCUACCAUGACAGAAGAGCCAAGCUGGACUAUGGAGUUACGGAAAGACAGCAUCUAUGGUGGCGUUGUAGAAAAAUUGGAGCAAAACCAAUUAAAGGAAGACGUAAUUUUCCCUAAUCAAAACCGCAAAUAUAAAUCCCGAAGAAUCAUCAGAAGAGCGUUCUUAGACGCACAUGCUUCGCUACUAGCAGGGCAUUUUGGGCCACGGAAAGUGCUGAAGUCCUUGGAAAAGCGCGUGUUAUGGGAAUCUAUGCGGCGAGACGUGCUUCUCUGGUCGGAGGAGUGCAAAAAGUGCGUCUUAUUCAACACAAAACCGCAAGUCACCCCUCCACUCAAACCAAUUAUAACAACGAAACCGUUUGAAGUGGUAGGAAUCGACAUACUCGAAAUGGGAUUAACAACACAUGGCAACCGGGAGUGUGCGCGCGUCGAAAAUCAGAGAGCGCGUAAACGCAUGAACGCUUACGACGAGACUAAGAAGGUCGUAGAACGACCUUUGCCGUAG